UUUCUUCCCUAGAGCGUUAGGGUCACACUGGCAAGCUGAUUAGAUUGUGAAAUAAUAAAGAGACGAAAAACCAAUAAUAAAUAGUUAACAACUCACACACGUGCUAAAUAAAUAUGCAAAACGUGCUGGGCCGAUUGCAGGCGCAAGUGCUGCGGCCCCGUGCCAAAGCGAUGGCGUACUUGCUGCGCCCGGAAUCGACGACAGCGGCAGCAACAACAACAAAAUUGGCGGCCACCUCCAAAGAAUUUCGUGAGCGCCAAGUACGUUUCAACAUCAAAAAUGACCAGACGGAGGGACGACCGCUGUACUUGGAUGCACAGGCCACAACACCGAUGGAUCCGCGGGUGCUCGACGCUAUGUUGCCUUAUCUCACCAACUACUAUGGUAAUCCACACUCGCGAACACAUGCCUAUGGCUGGGAAACGGAACACGCUGUGGAGAAGGCACGCGAACAGGUUGCUCGCCUCAUCGGUGCCGAUGCCAAGGAAAUCAUCUUUACAUCAGGAGCCACUGAGUCAAAUAAUAUUGCUGUGAAAGGAGUGGCACGUUUCUAUGGUACGAACAAAAAGCAUGUGAUUACCACACAGACGGAGCACAAGUGUGUGCUGGACUCGUGCCGUGCGCUCGAGAACGAAGGCUACCGUGUCACCUACUUACCCGUGGAGGCCAAUGGCAUCAUUAACAUGGAACAGCUGGCCGAAGCAAUGACGCCAGACACCUCUAUUGUUUCCAUAAUGACGGUGAACAAUGAGAUCGGUGUGAAGCAGCCCAUCCAAGAGAUUGGUCAGUUGUGUCGCUCGCGCAAAGUAUUUUUCCACACUGACGCCGCUCAAGCGGUGGGCAAAAUACCCAUCGAUGUGAAUGCCAUGCAGAUCGAUCUGAUGUCCAUCUCGGGACAUAAGAUCUACGGCCCCAAGGGUGUGGGUGCCUUGUAUGUGCGUCGCCGACCGCGUGUGCGUCUCGAGCCCAUCCAGAGUGGCGGCGGCCAAGAGCGUGGCUUGCGUAGCGGCACAGUGCCCGCUCCCUUGGCUGUGGGCUUGGGUACAGCAGCGGAAUUGUCGAUGCAGGAGAUGGACUACGAUAAGAAAUGGGUGGACUUUCUGUCGAAGCGUUUAAUGGAUCGUAUCACGACUGCGUUGCCGCAUGUGAUACGCAAUGGUGAUCCGGAGCGAACCUACAAUGGUUGCUUGAAUUUAUCGUUUGCCUACGUCGAGGGUGAAUCAUUGUUGAUGGCCUUGAAAGAUGUGGCUUUGAGCAGUGGCUCGGCUUGCACCUCAGCGUCGCUGGAGCCGUCAUAUGUGCUGCGUGCCAUUGGCACCGAUGAGGAUUUGGCGCACAGUUCCAUACGGUUUGGCAUUGGACGUUUUACCACGGUGCAGGAGGUGGAUUAUACGGCAGACAAGUGUAUCAAGCAUGUGGAGCGUUUGCGUGAAAUGUCACCGCUGUGGGAAAUGGUACAGGAGGGCAUUGACCUUAAGACCAUACAAUGGUCACAGCACUAAGAAUGUUACGUGCCCCAAUUUAUAAGUAUGGCAAAUGAAUAAGAAUAAAAAUGUUAAGUGAUUGGUUAA